CAUCAUAUGUGGGCUGAACGUCUAAGUUGAGUGUGUGCUUGUUUAAAAAAAACACUGUCCAGAAGUGAUGUAUAUGGAAUCUGGGUCAGCUGUAGCUGGUUAGCGCACUCCUGCAUGUGAGAGUAAAACACUGCAGUUUCAAAAGUCAUUUCUUUCUCUCAUCUGGAAUAACACACACUGGAACAUUACUUUUUCCUUUCUUUUUUUUUUUUCUUCUUAAUGAUUAGUUAGCUUGGUUACUGUAUGGAGAAACUCGAUUCCUCAGUACAGCUUGGAUCUAACAGAGGAAGACAAAAGCAGUUUUCAACUCCAACUGCAGAUUAACAAUCCACAGCACUGGGUAAUAUAGGAAGAAAAAGCAACUUGGCCUCUGGAUUUUCCAUCUACCACAGAAGCAAAACAGCUGGAAGCCUUUUUUUCUUGUCUCUUCUGACAGUCAUCAUACUUGCUUUAAAAUGAAGAUAUUUAAAUGGACUUUGUGUAUACUACUGUUCCUGCUGUUGUCUAUUGGGCGCUGUACAGAACAAUCUACACCAAAUAAAAUAUCUCAGCGGAGGCACCCUCGUUCAGCAGACAGUGGAGAGGAAGGGAAGAAAUGUGGUUACACAUUCUUGGUCCCAGAACAAAAAAUUACAGGGCCAAUUUGUGUGAAUACUAAUGGACCAGGUACUGGUAACAGAAAAGAUGAAGUCACAAGAAUGGACAUAGAGAACUUGAAGGAUGUGCUGUCCAAGCAAAAGCGGGAGAUUGACAUUUUGCAAUUGGUAGUGGAUGUGGAUGGAAACAUUGUGAAUGAAGUAAAAUUACUGAGGAAGGAAAGUCGUAACAUGAACUCUCGGGUCACCCAACUCUAUAUGCAACUCUUGCAUGAGAUUAUUCGAAAACGUGAUAACUCACUUGAGCUUUCCCAACUGGAAAACAAAGUUCUUAAUGUUACAACAGAAAUGUUGAAGAUGGCAACAAAAUACAAAGAGCUUGAAGUAAAAUAUGCAGCAUUGACCGAUCUUGUAAAUAAUCAGUCUGUGACCAUCUCCUUGCUAGAAGAGCAGUGCUUGAGAAUCUUCUCGCGACAGGACACCCAAGGGUCUCCACCUCUUGUUCAAGUUGUGCCACAACACAUUCCUAACAGCCAGCCAUACACUCCCAUUCUUCUGGGAGGUAAUGAGAUACAGCGAGACCCAGGUUACCCUAGAGACAGAGAUGUAAGACCACCACCAGAUCCAGCUACUUCUCCUACAAAGAGUCCUUUCAGAGUCCCACCACUGGCUUUAAUAAAUGAGGGUCCAUUCAAAGAUUGCCAACAAGCCAAGGAAGCUGGGCAUUCCAACAGCGGGAUUUAUAUGAUCAAACCUGAAAAUAGCAAUGAGCCAAUGCAGCUAUGGUGUGAGAACAGCCUGGACCCUGGAGGAUGGGCAGUUAUUCAGAAGAGGACAGAUGGAUCUGUCAACUUCUUCAGGAACUGGGACAGUUACAAGAAAGGAUUUGGAAACAUUGAUGGAGAGUACUGGCUGGGACUAGAAAAUAUUUACAUGCUUACCAAUCAGGAUAACUACAGACUACUGAUUGAAUUAGAGGACUGGAGCAACAAGAAGGUUUAUGCAGAAUACAGCAGUUUCCGCCUGGAACCUGAAAGUGAAUUCUACAGGCUACGCUUAGGCACAUAUCAAGGAAACGCAGGCGAUUCCAUGAUAUGGCAUAACGGAAAGCAAUUUACAACACUGGACAGAGACAGGGAUAUGUAUUCAGGCAACUGCGCUCAUUUUCACAAAGGCGGCUGGUGGUACAAUGCGUGUGCCCACUCCAACCUUAAUGGGGUGUGGUACAGAGGAGGCCACUACAGGAGCAAGUAUCAGGAUGGAGUAUUUUGGGCUGAGUACCGGGGAGGCUCCUACUCCUUGAAAGCAGUUCAAAUGAUGAUCAGACCUAUAGACUGAGGAAGAAUACCCCACAGUGCUCAAGUGAUCAUGUAGAAACUUCUCAGUGCUUGAGUUCCAGAAAAAUAAAACAUUACUUUUUAAUCAUUA